AUGAAAACUUCACGGUCCUCAUCAAAGCCAAGUCCAUUAACUACAAUCCCUGACUUCCUUCAAAAGUUGUCUCAAGCCCGUCUUAGUCUAUCAACAAUUAAAGUUCCUCAAGAGCAUACUUUUCGUGACAACCAGAACAAAAGCACUUCCCAUCAAUAUUUAAAAAAACACGAAUCAAAGCUCCCUUAUAUCAGCAUUCAUAGAAAUCCUAUGAGCUUAUUUACAGAGCGUGAACUAAGAAACGAUAUAAGAAAAAGACCUAAAAAGUUUACACAUACAAAAGCGCACCAUUGAGCUGUUAAUAAAUACAUCACCUAUGGUAUUCCAGACUGAGAUAAAGAGUAUAAGUAUUUAAAAGAUGCUGAAAAAAGGUUUAUAUUUCGAGAUCCGCAUAAAAGCAUUUGAUCUUUUCCAAGCAAAAUCUCUCAAAAAUUUUGAUCAAAUUCUCCCAGGUAAUAUUAUGUAAUAUACUAUCCAUCAUAUCACAUGUAGCCUCAUAAAAGCAUUUUAUAUAA